AUGAAUAACACACAUUACACCGAUAACAAGAGAGUUGUUGUAAAUAAUAAUAAUCAACAUAACCAUAAUCAUAACCAUAAUAAUAAUAAUAAUAAUAAUAACAACAAUAAUAACAAAAGAGCUCCUUUAUCAAAUACACCAAAAAAACCCGUUUUCCAAGAUGCCGUCGUAGCCAAGUCAGAUGUUGGUGAAUUUCAAGGUGGUUACUUUAUAAUGUCUCCAAACGAAAAUGAAAAAAUAAAGAAACCAAUUUCUCAAAGCAAAUACUCACCACAAAGAAAGAGAUUACCAAAUGUUAACCAAUUAAAUAAUAAUAGUGAAGAAACCAAUAUGGAUAUGAAAGCUUUAAAACAACAACAACAACAACAAUAUAUGCAAAUUAAAAAUAGACAUCAACAAUAUCAUCAACAAUUCCAACAACAAAAUCAACAACAACAAAAUGAUAUUAGUAUACUUCUAACACCUUUAAUUAAAGAAACAAAUUUAAAUAAUGAUAAUAAUUUUUCACCAAAAAAAUUAAAUACAUCAAAUAACAAAAUAAACACACCACCAAGAUCAACUUCGCCAACUAAAGGAAAAGUAAUUACCUCACCUUCAACUGGAAAUUAUGCUGGUGGAAGUUGGAGCAACUCUCCAAAUCCAACUGCAUUACCAGUUCUUAAUUUUGAUGACUUUUUCUCAAAUGAAGAAGAUGUCGCACCUGUCCCACCACCAGUUCUACCACAACAACAACAAAAUCUUGAAGCAAUGUCGAAUCAACUCAAGAUGUUGUUAAACAUUAGUUCUACUGUUGUAGCUGGGUCGCAUUAA